AUGAGUCCAUGGCAAACUAGAGUACAUCAAAGUAGUUCAGAAGAGCUUUGCCCGAGUCAACAUGAGGUUACGGUAGACAAUCCACCACUUAGGAGGACGACUAGACAGAGAAAGCCUAACCCAAGAUACGUGGAUGCUGCCUUAGCAGAAGAAGAGACCGUAAAAGAGCCAAUGACAUUUGAAGAAGCAUCCCGAGACAUAGAGUGUCAGAAGGCGAUGAAAGAAGAGAUUAAGGCAUUGAACCAAAAUCAGACUUGGGAACUAGUUCCAAAACCCAAGGAUGUGAAGCUGAUAUCAUGCAAAUGGGUAUACAAAGUCAAGACUCGCCCUGAUGGAUCAAUAAAAAGGUACAAAGCUCGACUAGUGGCUAGAGGAUUCUUACAAGAAUAUGGGUUGGACUAUGAUGAGACUUUUAGCCCAGUAGCAAAAAUUACAACGGUGCGAGUACUACUAGCACUUAUAGCGAGCAAAUCUUGA